CAAUAAUUUCUGACUUCAUACGUUUCAGUUAAUAUUUAUCCUCCCACUUCUAUAGCUCUCGAGUGGACACUUGACCUACGUCAAAAUUAAACCUCAAUGUUUUCUUUGCACCAGUUAAUUUGAACACACAAAUGUAGAAUUUAGUCUAAGAUCCUGGAAUGCUCCAGGGAUUUGGCAGCACCUAUGGACUGAGUCGGAUUAAUGUCUCAAGUCAGUUGCCUUUCAUCUGUGGCCAGAUCUGCUGAAUAUUUCUCGCAUUUUCUGCUUUCAGAUUUCCAGCAUUUCGAUUUUGUACUUAACUGUUUUGCUAGAUGAUUUUCCUAUUUCAAAUGGAAGAUUUGCAAAAUCCCCCAAAUCCAGCCUUUAGAGUUUAUUGUGUUCUGUCACGAAUGAUUCUUUUCCUUUCAUGGACUCCCGUCACUCUUGUAUCCAUUUCUGACCGUGUUCCAGACCAUUUCUACCAGAGCCUCAAGCGAAUUGCUAGACUGUCAAGGAGAUGGUUCCUUGGACCGAUCCACCCUUUAGUGAACCUACUGCAGAUUGUACGCAAAAGUUUGGUGGAGAAUCUUCCCAAGAAUGCCCAUGAACUUGCCUGUGGGAGACUUUUCAUCUCCCUCACCCGGGUGUCUGAUGGACAGAACGUCCUGGUCUCUGACUUCACUUCCAACGAGGAACUUGUCCAGGCAUUGCUGUGUAGCUGUUUUGUUCCUAUUUACUGUGGCCUGAUCCCUCCAGCUUUCCGUGGUGUGCGAUAUGUUGACGGAGGGUUUACCAACAUGCAGCCUUUAGACGAUGCGAGAAACACCAUCACCAUUUCACCGUUUGCAGGAGAGAUGGAUAUUUGUCCCAGGAACGCUGCUGACUGCUUCCUCAUCUGGUUUGGGAAAUGUAGCUUCGUGUUAUCGCCUGAGAACCUGCAUCGUGUUUCAUCCGCUCUCUUCCCACCUCAAUCUAAGAUUCUGCGGAGGUUUCUCUGGAAUGGUUAUCGUGAUGCCCUGCACUACUUGCUGCAGAAUGACCUGCUGAGUCCAGAUGCCUUGAUAGUAUCCAAGGUUCUAUCAAGUCAGUGCUGUAACCCUCACACUCCCUCACAAAGGGGUGGGCAAGACACCAAGCAGCUGGAACAGGAGACAUGCUUCAAGGUUGGCUCUCUCCAAGACAGACCAUCUCAACACAAGACCCAGAUCCUUGGAGGUACCAAUUUCAUAUUUUACUGGUUAUCCUCAUUCUCUGAAGGCCCCAUUGGUAUUUUUCUUUCCACGUAUUGUUAGUUAGCUGGUGUACAAAGGA